GACUGUAAGUGGUGCAAGGGCCAAACAAAUGUCAGUUCUUGUGUAUAAUGGCAAAGGCAGUGAUGCUGAGAGUAGAAAAUUCUUAUUUGAGUCAUUAAACGCAGUUAUAGAUAAGGAUCAUCAUACAGUUGACUAUAUCACACCGCAAGCUAUCAAAGAAGGUGAGAAUUUUGCCAGGGAACAGUAUGUUUAAAUAGUUUACAUAUUUUUAAUAAUUGUAAAGCGCUUAGAGCUGUAAGGUAAGCGCUAUUAAAAAAUGCCUGAAUAAAUAAAUAAAUGUUACACUACACCUGGUAAUAUUAUUGGUAAUUUAGGUGGGAAUUUUUAAGUAAAAUAAGCAAAUGCCCACUCAUUUUUACUGGACCGGUACCAAGAAAAUUUUUUAAAAAGCUAGUGAACUAGUAAUGAGAGGGAAAAAGUCAUGUUACUGUGUGAUUUAAGUUAAUGAAGAGGGUUGGACUGUGCUAAACUUAACGCUUAGCUAAAUAAGUGGAUUAAAAGAUACGAAAUAUGUCUUUCAUCAAAAUGUACAGUGUUUUGUUCUGUUCACGUAAUUUGUAACUUCUAAUUUGGCUCUUAAGAAAAAUUAAUUCUUUUUCAAAGUUUCUGUUAAAUAGAUUAAACUAACUAAAGAAUUUUUCUUUCUUUUAAACUAAUUCCUAAUUACAAACACAUAUCUCCAUUUAGGUUUGUGGUUGAAAAACUGCAGUGUGAUUAUUUUUGGCGGAGGAUAUGAUCGUGGAUUCGAAUCAGCAGUUGGCAGAGAUGGGGCUCAAAAGAUUCGUGAGUUUGUUAUUAAUGGUGGUCACUAUCUGGGCUUAUGUGCUGGAGCAUACUGGGCUUGUGACCAUAUUGAAUUUGAUAAAGGCGGACCCCUAGAAGUAACAGGGGAAAGAUUUCUCAAAUUUUUUCCUGGUAAGUGUUAAAUUCUUCAGUAACUUUAAGUUGUAUCUUUCUUUAUAAAAAAAAAACAUGCUCACAUUAUUAAAAUUCCAUACUGUUUCAUUAGCUAUGUUCACUUUGCCAUCUUUUUCCACUAUACUUCACAAAUGAAAGGGUGCUGAUCUUUAAAACCAACCCUCGAACUGACAACAUACUGGUGGAUUACAUUAGAAAGGAAUUUAACUUAACUAAUAAGAGGAAGUAUUUUUUUAUUAUAAGGGAUAAAAGAAAGAAAGUUUGGGAAAGUUGUCAAAAGUUACCAAACUAUAUAUAAUUCAAAUUCAAUGUGCAGCAAGGCACCUGAUUAAAAUGUAAGGCCCAUAAUUUUUGUCUACAGGCAUUUGUGUUGGUCCAGCUUUUCCAGGCUUCCAGUAUAAUUCCAAACAAGGUGUGCAAGCUGUGCCUGUUAGGUAUGGAAAGUCAGAGACCUUUCAUGCAUACAUGCAUGGGGGUGGAUACUUUAUGCCAUACUUGGAUGCUAAAAAAUCCAUGGAACAAGUCCCCCAACCAAAACUGAGCAAACUACAACACAAUAAGAGAAUACUUGUGGAGACUCACCAGUCAACAGCUAUUUCUGCACCUUUAGCAUUAGACUCAUCAAAAAUACCAAGGGGCAGUUCUCUUUUGAGUCCACAUUUAACAUUGCAACCCAGGGAAACCAGUGAUCUGUCGAUAUAUGCCGAACAAAGCCACAAGGAUCUAGGAAUAUACUGUUCUUUAGAGAGCAAAGCCAUGGCUAUAGUUCAGUGUUCUGUAGGACGAGGCACAGCUAUUCUCUCUGGUGUGCAUUUGGAAUUCCCAUUUCAUUUACUUGACAAAGAAAACCCGCACAUGAAGUCAUGCAUUCCACACUUUUCUCACAGUGAAGACAGAAGACAAUUUGUGUUCAAGGAUAUACUGAAACAGUUAGGGGUUCAAGUUAGAACAUGCAAGGCUGCAUUAUGAUUACUCAGAUUAGAACAUUCCUUUGUUAAUAAACUUUUAUUUAUUAUUGUUUAAUUUAAUUUAUUGAAUUAACUUUGUACAAUUUCAAGGCUAUGAUAAUGAAUGCUGUGGAUUCUUGUACGCAUAGCCGCUAUUUGGACCCGGGUCCCUUUAGACUAAAUCCCAUUCGGAUGUCAUUUGUGGUAGUUUAUUUUAGUUAAGAUAUAGAAGAAGAAGAAGUUUACAAAAAUAUAGUCUAUCUAAAAAUUAUCUUUCAUUUGAUACCUCAUUUUGACUUAUAAACCCACCAAUAAUAUUUAAAAUAGUUUUUUAAUCCCAACCUCUCACUUCUGAUACCCGGGUGCUAAUAACCAAUUUGUUUAAAUAAUUCAAAAACAUUUCUAUUUGUUUGAAUUUUAGAGUUUAUGAUAUUGUUUUUAUUAUUGUGACAUUUUUGCAACAAUUAUUCUGUAGAUGGAAUAAAUAGUUAACAUUUACUAACCGGCUCCAGCACAGCACUGACCUAUUGUCUCCAUAAAUCCAAGUUCCACAUUAACAUUGAAAAAAAGAUUGCAAGAUAGUAGCAUCACAAUAUAACUGACUUCUAAAGCAAAGUUUGUUUUGAUCUACUACUUGAGGAAUUUCUUAAGCGGGCUAGUUAUUUUUUCUCACUUUUCAAAGUGCUUAAGAAUUUGUAGUGAUGAGUGAUCUAGGUUGUUGCAACCAGGCAAGCAUUGUGAAUGGAAAGUAACUCUACUGAACUUCUUACAGAUACACACCCCCUAACCAAAAAAUACUAAUACUUUAUUAGGACAUGUACUGAUGUUUUUAAAGUUAUCCAAAGUAGUCAAUGUUUUUACAAGUUCAUUUCUUUUGAAAUUGUGUGCCCAGGACCAAGCCUGUAAUUUUAGAUACACCACUUAAGAAAGAAUUAACUUGGUUUAAAUUCAUCAUUCAUGGUCAAAGGUUGUCAACUACCGGUGUCAUAUACUACUUUUUAUUUUACUGCAUCGUUAAACAAGUUUAAUAAAACGAGAUGAAAAGUUUACUUGUGUGCAGAGGCGUAGCGAGGGUGUUUGGCGCCCGGGGAAAAGAUUUGCGCCCGGGGACAAGAUCCAUUUUAAAGCGCCCCCUUUUCUUUUCUUCAACUCUCAAACCCAUUAUUUUCAUCAAUAAAAUAAUAUCAAAGCACAUUUUGGCGCCUGGGGACAGAUGUCCCCCCUGCCACCCCCUCGCUACGCCUCUGCUUGUGUGUCCUGGCUGUAAUCUGUAUGUCAUAAAGACUGAAAGAAGUAAAAAAAUAAAAAUGUUUAACUACCGGUACUUUUUGAUAUUGACAUUACAUGUCAUAAGCUGGACUUUCAUUUUCUUCCCAGCAGAUUUCUUUUUAAUGUGCCUCUGUGAAUGUUUGAUAUUUAUAUUCAUAUUCAUUUCUGUUUUCAUUUUCUUUUCAGAUCCUGGAAUUUUUCAAUAAAGAAUUUUAAUUUUAAACUCUUCAUAUAAAUCUAAACUAAAUACUUCCUGUGACUCGCACAUUUUACUCUGAUUUAUUUGGCCCUUUUGUUUUUCAUUUUUAUUAAGAUGGCUUUUUGUCGGUUAUCUUAUUAUUAAUUUUUUUAAAAAGAUUAAGAUUUAUUUGUCAAAGAAUUAUGACUUCAGAAUGUUUAUGUUAACAUGAAAAAAUUAAAAAGAAAAUUUUGAACAAUGAAGUAUUGUUAACAUAUGGGCAUUAUUAACUAAAAAUGUAUAUAAGCUUCAUGUGUGGGAAAUGUAACAGAGACUGCCAUUCGAGGAUUGGUCUCACCAGCCACACCAAGAGCUGCAAGCAAUAAAGAUAAUCUAUCGGUCUCCCGCAGACG